AUGAUGGCAGUUGUAGAUACAAAGAGUCAAGACAACCAUUUGGACGUGGACAUUGCCAAAUCUGCAGACGAUGAACUGUACAAAGAGGUCGAUGGAAAUGGCAUAGAGGUCAAAAGGGAAUGCUCUGUGAAUAUUCUAGGCUUCAAGAAAUAUAUUCACAGACCAAAGGACAAAUAUAUAGGCGGAGUAAGACACAAUAAAGAGCCGCUAAAUUUUCCUUAUUUGGACUUUAAAAGUGGUAGUUAUAAGGAGGUAGAUGUAUACUAUCUGGAUUAUGACGAGGGGAAUGUUCUCCCUCUGUUAAUUGGACUUUUAAAUGAUGGAGGAAGUUGUGACUAUUACAAACGUGUCAAAUACGAUACACCAAAUUCUCAAUGGCUAGAAGUGGAUAAUGUAGGCACAGAUGGUAGCAAGAUAACAGAAGAAUUGGAGUCUAUUUUUGAGGAAAUAAAGGAUAUUGUUGUCAUCAAGUUGGAUGGAACUUCUGGUUAUUAUACCAAUGGAGACCCUAGCCAGCCCCCAAAGGCUAAUCCAACUACUCAAGUACAAGUGACACAGUACACAUAUGAAACUGUUUACAAAAAGUGUGUUCACAAGCUUCCAGAUAAGAAGUUAAGAGUCAUUUAUACCAGGACUAGCGAUAAGAAUAUACCAUUUGAUCCUCCUGUAUAUGGAACGGGGUAUAGUGAGGUUUCGGUCUAUUUUUGGGAGGGCGACAGUAGUCAUGCCAAACCCCUCUUACUGGAACUUAAGCCAGCGCCAGAUACUUCCUCAUACUAUACUAAUUCGAAUGGCAAAUGGGUGAAGCAGGAGGGAGGACAUGAUAACCUUGAGAAGAAUCUUGACAAACAAAACUGUAGAUGGAACAAUGCCUAUGUUGUGAACAUUGCGAAAACUGAUAGCUACCCCUGUGUAUGCUGUAGCGCCUGCGAAAUUCAGGUGACCUCUGUCAAGGCCUUUGGCUACAUUCACUGCAUGCAUAGAGUCAGCACAUCAUUCUCCGUUUCCAAGGUGAUGGACGGGGCAUUUAUACAAACUGGGCUCCCUAUCUCUACGGAUAUAGACGUACUAAAUGUCUAUCACUAUCCUGCACAUCUAGGAAAACCCCUCCUCAUCCGCUAUUCCUCCAAAGGGACCGAUCAUUGUUACAUGAGAGACUCUCGGAGCAAGAAAAGUUGGAGUCCUGUCCCAGGUGAUAAAGGGAUAACCUCUGCAAGCGUAGAUGGCUGGAGAAAUUUUUCGCUACUGUUAGACCUAUAUUCACCAUCCCUUGUCAUAGAUAUUGGCAGAAAUGGCAAUGGAACGUAUUCCAGUGGAGACGGCGAAUGGAGCAUUAGGUAUACAAGAACAGAGAGUCCAAAGGGCUACCACAAAGUCACCCAUGUGACGCCAAGUAGGAUCCUCUUUUUUGUCAAGGACUUCCAGUUUGACGGUACAUUUCUCGCCAAGGUUUGGAUCAAGAGUCUUGUCAACAGCAUUUCAGUCUACUUUUCGACUGAGGAGGCCAAGUCUAAGACUCCCCUAAUGAUUGAGGCGCAGAGGAAAGAUGGAGAAUACGACUAUUACUGCACUAUUAGGAAUGGAGACAAUAGGUUUUGGUCACCGCAUUUAAUCCAUGGAAAUGAAGAGGAAACUCUAAAGGAAAGGUUGGACGCCAUUUAUGCCAUGGAAUUCCCACCCUCUCAUACUGUAGCAAUCUCCAUUGGGAUCAUAGUGGUGGUUUGUCUUAUAAUUAUUGGUGCGCAUGAAGGGAUCAGGAUGGCAACGGAUCCAGCCAAAAGUUUUACAGCGAGAUUCCUCCGCAUGGGCACAAGGUUUGUCUGA